AUGCAUGCUGAAUGUGCAAUUCUCUACGGCAAGCUUGAAGAACACGAGAAAGCCUUGAAGAUUCUUGUCCACAAACUCAAAGAUUAUACAGCUGCUGAAACAUAUUGCCUGGUGAAUGCCAAAGAUGGUGCCUAUAAGCGGAAACUGUUCCAUAUUCUUCUCAGUGUCUACCUGGAUCCUUCGUAUGAGAAAAAGGACACUUUGAUAGCACCAGCCAUUGCUUUAUUGAAUAGUAAUGUAGCAGAAUUUGAUUCAGUCAAGGUGCUACAGUUGCUUCCAGAAAAUUGGUCAGUUGGCCUGCUCUCCCAAUUCCUCUCACGUUCAGUCCGUCGAAGCAUGAACCUUUGUCGCACCAAAAAGAUCGAACGAAUGUUAGCCCGAUGGGAGGCAUUGCAAAUGAAACAUAAUUGCAUUGAUUUACAGAAGGAAUCUGUUUGCAUGACAGAAGACAGACUGUGUGCUGUAUGCAAUCGUACUUUCCAUGAUUCCACCUUUUUACGAUACCCGAAUGGAGUUAUAACCCAUAUCCACUGUGCUAAAAAUAGAAAUGUCUGUCCUUUCUUUUUCCAAUGCUUCCCAUCUCUUUUUUCCUUGCAUCUCUUCCUCUGUUUUUUACUUUCAUCUUUUCUUCCUCUUCCCACUUCUAUUUUUUUAUUUUCUUCUCUCCCUCUUCCCAUUCUUCUUCUCCUUUUUUACUUCUCCUGCUCUUUCCGCUCCUUUCUUCUCCUUCUCCACCGCGUCUUUCCGCUCCUUUCUUCUCCUUCUCCACCGCCUCUUUCCGCUCCUUUCUUCUCCUUCUCCACCGCCUCUUUCCGCUCCUUUCUUCUCCUCCUCCUCCUCUUUCCGCUCCUUUCUUCUCCUCCUCCUCCUCUUUCCGCUCCUUUCUUCUCCUCCUCCUCCUCUUUUCGCUCCUUUCUCCUCCUCCUCCUCCUCCUCUUUUCGCUCCUUUCUUCUCCUCCUCCUCUUUUUCCCUCCUUUCUUCUCCUCCUCCUCUUUCGCUCCUUUCUUCUCCUCCUCCUCUUUCCUCCCUUUCUUCUCCUCCUCCUCUUUCGCUCCUUUCUUCUCCUCCUCCUCUUUCCGCUCCUUUCUUCUCCUCCUCCUCUUUCCGCUCCUUUCUUCUCCUCCUCCUCUUUCCGCUCCUUUCUUCUCCUCCUCCUCUUUCCGCUCCUUUCUUCUCCUCCUCCUCUUUCCGCUCCUUUCUUCUCCUCCUCCUCUUUCCGCUCCUUUCUUCUCCUCCUCCUCUUUCCGCUCCUUUCUUCUCCUCCUCCUCUUUCUGCUCCUUUCUUCUCCUUUCUCCUCCUCCUCUUUCCGCUCCUUUCUCCUCCUCCUCCUCCUCUUUCCCCAGGAGGGUGUAAAGGGCACUUAAGAUUUGAACUACACUUGCUGACGUGUCAUUUAUUACUCACCCCUCUUCCUCCUCCUCCUCUCUAUUUCCUUAAACACUUAUUUCCUUUCUCCUCUCAUUUCUCUCCUCCUCUCCAUCUGCUGUUCAUAUCCUCCACUUUGUCUUGUAAGCUUUUCUCUAUUAUUCCAGCUUACUUCCCCUUUCUCCUGCCACCCCCUCUUUCUUAUCUUGCAUUCUCAUCUUUCUUUCUCCUACCACUCUUCUUUUGCUACUCUUUCAUCCUUCUCAAUCUCCACUUCCAGCCCCUUCUUACAAGUGAUUUCUCUCCUCCUCCCACCACCAUUCCUCUUUCUCUCCUCCUUCCUCUUAUGAUUUGUUUCUACUUGUGUUGA